CGGCUGUUGACCUCGAUUCUCUCUGACGUCGACCUCUCUCUCUCAGCAUCUCGAUGGCGAGAGCCUUCCCCCGCCCACUCUAAAACCGGAAGUUCCCGUAAGGGCGUAUGGAAAUCGUAACGAAGGGCUCUCCUCUCUAUGCUCCCGGGAAGGAUGGAACGUCUCCAUUUCCGGAAGCCGACGGGAAAACCGUGGCAAAAUGGCUGCGGCGGCAGCUGGUGUUAGUUCGCCGGUCUGUAUCUUGGUGUUGGGCAUGGCUGGUUCCGGCAAGACGGCGCUCGUGCAGAGGCUCACUGCUUACCUGCACAGCAAGAAUUCCCCUCCGUAUGUCAUCAAUCUGGACCCUGCGGUCCAUGAGCUCCCUUUCCCUGCAAAUAUUGAUAUUCGAGAUACUGUGAAGUACAAAGAAGUCAUGAAGCAAUAUGGGUUGGGUCCAAAUGGUGGCAUCAUGACAUCCCUCAAUCUUUUUGCUACACGAUUUGAUCAGGUGAUGAAAUUUAUUGAAAAGCGGCAGAGUGCAUCUCAGUAUGUCCUGAUUGACACACCUGGGCAGAUUGAGGUAUUCACUUGGUCAGCCUCAGGUACCAUCAUCACCGAAGCCCUGGCAUCAUCUUUCCCAUCCUUGGUGGUUUAUGUGAUGGACACCUCUCGCAGCACCAACCCUGUGACUUUCAUGUCCAACAUGCUGUAUGCUUGCAGCAUCCUGUACAAAACAAAGCUCCCGUUUAUCGUUGCCAUGAAUAAGACGGACAUCAUCGACCAUAGCUUUGCCGUGGAAUGGAUGCAGGACUUUGAAGUCUUCCAAGAUGCUCUGAACCAGGAAGCCAGCUAUGCCAGCAAUUUAACCCGCUCCAUGAGCCUGGUGUUGGACGAGUUCUAUAGCUCGCUCAAGGUGGUUGGUGUUUCUGCUAUUCAGGGGACUGGGAUGGAAGAAUUUUUUGAAAAAGUAUCCAGUGCAGUUGAAGAAUAUGAAAGGGAAUAUCGCCCAGAAUAUGAGCGCCUAAGGAAGAAAAUGGAGAGAGCUGAGAGCCAGCGGCAGCGUGAACAGCUGGACCGCUUGCAGCAAGACAUGGGCCCUGUCCCUAUGGAGAACAGCCCAGCUGGCUCAGGGGCAACAAAUGAGUCAACAUCGGGCCCUUCGGCGUUGAUCCUGACACGAGGAACUGUGGAGGAUGAAGCCCCAGAGAGUGAUACAGAUGACAUAGACCAUCAGGAGACAGAGGAAAGCCAUGAAGAGCCAUCCUUCAGGACCUUCUUGCAGGAGGCCAAACAGCGCUAUUCAGCCAGAAGCAGCCACUAGGGGGGAGGAGGAGGAGGAGGCCAGAACGUGUGGAUUCAAGAACAUGAAGAUGCUGCAGUUGGAUGCUGCAACUGGAUUUCUUCCUCCGAAGAACAGGCACUGUUGGCUUUGUGGAAAUUUUUCUGCCGGCUGCAUAGGGUUGUGUUCAAAAUGCUUUUCUUUAGAGGAGAAGCUGAGCCGGAGUCUUGGGUGUUCAGCACGAUUCUCCUUACUCGGCCCUUGGCUUCUUUUGGACAAAUGCAGGCAGCCGGUUUUUCACUCUUUUUUGAGGGGAAGGACAAAACAGCCGGACGAAAACUCCCCAUUCAGCAGGUUCACCGGCAGUUCUGUAGAUAGAGCCCAAACCAGUGUUUCAGCAGUGACUGAGGAGCGAAAUGUACCUUUUCCCCCCCAGGUCCACGCGAUUUCAGUUUUCUGCAUGGCGAUUUUAUUUGUCUUUUGUAAGUUGUCAUUAUAAAAUGUAUAUUUUCCUGUUAAA